AUGCGCAGAACUAAAGAAACUACCAAUAUGUCAGCUGGUCCAAGAGUAGUAGUUACAGGAAUAGGGCUUGUCACUCCCUUGGGAGUAGGUAGAGCAGCUACUUGGUCAAGGUUACUUCGGAGCGAAUCCGGUCUCAUGUGUACCAAACAGUUUGAAGACUAUGAGCUGAUGGGAUGGAAUAAAAUUCCUUCCAAAGUGGUGGGAAAAGUGCCAAAUAAAAGCUUCUCAAAGACUCUCACUGGAUUAUGGGAUGAGUCUGACCAUUUUGAUCGAUCUGAUUUGAAAAAGUAUUCACUCUUUUCACAGUAUGCUUUAGUGGCUGCUCGUGAAGCCUUACGUGAUGCUGACUUAGAUCCAAGAACCAAUCCUGAAGCCGUGGGUACAGCCAUUGGUUCUGGGAUUGUUGCUGUUGAAGACGUAUACCAGGCUAGUGUAGAUUUCAACAACAAGGGCUAUAAGAAGAUAUCACCGUUCUUUGUUCCACGUAUUCUUUCCAACAUGCCUGCUGGUAACGUUUCGAUAGAAUGCGGGACCAAGGGUCCCUUGCACGCUGUAUCUACUGCAUGUGCUACCGGGAAUAAUGCUAUUGGUGAUGCUUUCAACUUUAUCAAAAUGGGAUAUGCUAAAGCGAUGGUUGCUGGUGGUACAGAGGCUGCAAUUCAUCCAGUUCCACUUGGAGGUUUUGCUCGUGCGAAAUCAGUCGUGACUGGUCACGAAGAUGACCCAUCAAAAGCAUCUCGACCAUUCGACGGAGAUAGAAACGGGUUUGUCCUUGGAGAAGGUAGUGGUGUUUUAAUUCUUGAAGAUUUAGACAGCGCUUUAGCCAGAGGCGUGAAACCAGAAAACAUUUAUGGUGAAAUCUUGAGUUAUGGCUUAACCGGAGAUUCAUGGCACAUUACCGCUCCCCGCGAAGAUGGUGAUGGUGCGUAUCGUGCCAUGUCAAUGGCCUUAGCUCGUUCUGGACUUACACCAAACGACAUUGAUUAUGUAAACGCUCAUGCAACAUCAACCUUAAUUGGUGACCGAGCAGAAAAUAACGCCAUGUGUUCAUUAUUCCAAAGAGAGUCGCGUGCGGAACCACUAACCGUUUCUUCGACCAAAGGUGCCAUUGGCCAUUUAUUAGGUGCAGCUGGAGCAGUAGAAGCUGCCUUUACUGCAUUAGCUAUUAAAAACCAAAUUGCACCACCAACACUUAAUUUGGAGAAUCCAGGGAAGCAUAUUGAAGACGACGAGACAAAGUUUACCUCCAUGGACUACGUACCCAAUAAAGCGAAAGAAAUGAAGAUUGAGUACGCCUUGAACAAUUCGUUCGGUUUCGGAGGGAUCAAUAGUUCCGUGUGUUUCAAGCGUUUCCAAAUAUAA